AGGCGUGGGAUGGAGCUGGCUGUCAAUGGACAACGCGCUGCGCAGCGGGCUCCUUUCGGGUGGGUGGGCUGACGCGCGGUGGCGCCUUUUUUGGUGUCCCCCUCACAUCGUUGAAAUCGCUGACAAGCACCCCUUCAUCUGCUUCCGCCAGCUUUGUUCGGUAUCUCGGCGCGAUCGUUCUUUAUGCUGACUUUUCCUAAGCUUGAGCUGCUCGUACUGCUUGGAAUCAUACUUCCAAGGUUUCCAAUCUUCCCAUCGUCGUCAAUGCGCACCUUCAGGCGCCUCCAGAGUCUUUCGCUCACUCACCCUCAAGAUACUAAUCUCCGUCUCCCGGAAACCGGGGUACUGCGCUCUCCCACUAACAUGUGCAUCUUGCUCACGCCUCUCUCCCACCCCUCAUGCCCGCAGCAAGCGUCCUAUCUCUCCAAACCACAUCGCUACCAACGACAGGCGUCUCACUUGGCGGACGUGGGUGCUUGCUUGUUGACUGAACCAAGCAAGCGGAAUGUGGAGUUUCACGAUAUAGUUAUCCCCUUUAGGAAGGCCUUAUGUGCGCUCAAUAUAUCCAUCGGCGUCAAUGGAAGUGGUUAGCGGCA